AUGCAGCGGCACAGUCACCCGUGCAACACACUUCCGCCCCUCAUCUCACAUGUGCUGCCUCAUUUCGUCAUCGUUAACACUGGUGCCAAGUUGGAGAAACUCCAAAAAUUGGAGAAGCAUCUGGUCAAAUUUGUCCGCAGAGCUUUCGGGUUAAACUCUGAGGAAGCGACCGCAUAUCUUGAGGAUAUCGUGCAGUUAUAUUGCUCCUGGCGCGAUGCCAUUGUUCUCGAGCAUUUUAGUCAUCAACCCGAGGAUUCAGCCGACGAAUCGGACAACGAAACCUUGAGCGAAGGCUCAGCCAACGAAAUUUCCGCCAACGAAAUUUCCGCCAACGAAACCUCAGUCUACGAAACCUCAGACGAUGAAACCUAUCGCGAGAAACCCUCGAACGACGAAGACAACUUAGACAACGAAGCGAGCGUCAAUGCUCUGAUUCCUGAACGAAGCAGGGGCCGUAGCCCGGACGAGAUUGACUUCUUAUCUUGUUAUUAUCAGCAAAGGGCUGUGUAUGAUCAUGGAGAAUUGGACGUCGACGUUGACGACGCGCGUUCUUCGAAAAGGUUGAGAAAGAAGUGA